AUGAUUAGCGGCCCGAGGACCCAGGAGCCGGGGGAGGGACCCUCCCACCCCCCACCUCCCCGCCCGGACUCAGACACCCCCCUGAAAUGUCUGAUCAGCGAGUGGGACCUGCGCCUGCGGGAGCGGCUGGGCGACGGCUGCUUCGGGGUGGUACACCGGGGAGAGUGGACCCCGCCCGGCGGGGGCACCCUCUCCGUGGCAGUGAAAUCCCUCCGCUCCGACGUCAGCACCGACCCCCUCGCGCUGGUCGAUUUCCUCAAUGAGGUGAACGCCAUGAGCGGCCUGGAGCACCCCCACCUCCUGCGGCUCCAUGGGGUCGUGCUCAGCCAGCCGCUCAAGAUGGGGUUUCCAUGA